AUGUCCUGGUCAAAGGCUCCCGUAAAUAUGGUGCCAGUCGAGCUUCUAUCGGAAGUGUUCGUGCUUUGCCUACCAGGGGACUUGUAUGGCUCUCCAGAUCCCCUUCUCGCACCUCUGAUAUUCCUCCGACUUUGCCGCUACUGGGGAGAUACUGCACUGUCAAUCAAACAACUCUGGUGCGCACUGUCUGUCACUGCUCCUGAGAAUACCGUCAGCGCCUCGCGCCGCCAUCACGUCAAGCAAUGGCUCGCUCGUUCCGGGACUGGACCGCUCCACCUCAAAAUCCAAGCCGACGACCGGUCAUUGUUGAAGGUCGAUAGCUACAUGCCGCUUUUGGCUCCGCAUUUCCAGAGGUGCACGGAGCUCCAUUUACACCUGCCUUUCGAGCACAUCCGGGAGUUCCCUAACCUGCCCAUGCCUGCCCUCGAGAGCGCGUGCUUGGUGCUCGACAUGCAGUAUCAUUCCGGUCCGAACCAUGAAGACCAUCUAAUAAUAUCGUUCGACUCAUCUCCGCGCCUUCGUUCUGUCGACCUCGCGACCCGAGGGUAUUUCCUAUCGUACAAUGCAUGGCCGCUAUAUGCGCGGCUCACCAGACUGCAACUCCACAAUAUAUUCACGGUACACCAUCUUCGGGACGCCCUGCGCCGAUGCGAAAGGCUAGAAUACUGCAAGCUGCACUUCUCUGACAGGGCCGAGUACGACGCGGACGAACCUGAAAAGCUGAUUUUACCGUCUCUCCGGGUGUUGGACGUAGACGUUACCUCCGUCGUUCUGGAUGACCUCCUAUUGACCUUCGUCUUCCCGGCACUACGAACCUUGCACAUCAAAGUAGACGAAGACUUCUCCUCGGACGUUCUGCUCCGCCUACUCUCCGGCUCGAAGUGUCCCCUGGAAGACCUGCAGGUGUACGGUGCAAGACAUCUAUUUAACACCCGUACGGAAUUUGAUGCGUUCGCCACUCUGCUGGGCCCCUCGUUAAAGCGGCUGUGGUUGGGGGGAGUGCAUCACAGUCGUGAUGCCUUUAAUCUCUGCUCUGGAAGAAAUAUCACUGCCCUCUCGUUUGUCCCCUCGGAGAAUCGCUUCCCGCUGCCAUUGUUGGAGGACCUUACAGUCGCAUUUCCGUCGGACGUUUGCCCCGAAGAGGCAGACGUGCUGCCUGCGGAAGAAAUGCUCCUCUCUCGGCUGCAGCGGGGAGAUGACGAUGACCAGGAUCGUUGCCUGAAAAUCGCGCUUAUCGCCAUACUGGCGGUGAACCAAGUCCAGUUAUGGUCUUGCGAGAAUGGCAGUAUAAAGACGCAAGUCUGUGGGCCGCGAGAGCUGCUGCUGACAAUGUGCGGAAAGCCGAGAACCGGUAGCGGCGUGAGUAGGCUUGAAGAUGAUACGGAUUCGUUUGGGCCAUUUUGA